UUCCUUAAAAAGGGAUUUGAACAAUCGGUCUCUGGAGAUGUGAAGGAUUCAUAUGCCGAUCUUGUAACAGAAUAUGAUAAAAUGAUAGAGAAUUACUUAAAAUCAGAAAUAUUCAAAAAGUACCCGGAUCAUGUGUAUGUAGCCUCUUUUACACGUUUUUGUAGUAUAAUAGCUGAAGAAAGUUCUUCAGAAAAUGAAGCAUUUAAGGAUACUCCCACAUGGUUUAUAGAUCCAAUUGAUGGAACUGCUAACUUUGUACAAGGGUUUGUUUUAAAAUUAAACUUUAUCCUUUCAAGAUUUCCUUUCUGUUGUAUAUCAAUUGGGCUGUAUAUAAAUCGCGAUUAUCGUGUUUAUACUGCCCUGCAUUAUUGUUCUCUAGGGUUCCCUAUCUUUAUUAUAAAAAAUGAUGCUUAA